AUGACUGCUUCGCUUCUUUCGGACCGUGGUUCAUUAUCUUCAACAUUUUCAUCAACGGCGCCGGUCCCACCAUUAUCAUCGAUGAAAAAGAAACAAAUCAGCAUGGUCAACGGUGGACCACAUUCACACGAGAACGAUGAAGAUGUUGAAGAAUUAUCAUCGUCAUCAUCGUCGUCAAAAGGUAUUGCUCGAGAAAAAUUACAAAAGCAGCAACAAAAAGAAAAAAAAUUAACAAUGAUCACCACUUCAGCUGUGGAUGGCAAAAAUCCAAAUAAUCAAGGUCUCGGUAAUCUGAUGAUGAAACCGAAGAACAUUGCUGGUGGAAGUGAAAGUGGUAAUGGAAAUAGCAGUGGCAAUACUAAUAACAAUUCAAAGCUUGCAGGAUCGAUUGAUCAUCAGCAAAAAGGAUUUUUCCAAGAAUACCUGAAAAAAUCCGAAUUAACGCAUAAGCAACCUCCUUCAUCAUCAAAUUCAAAUCCAAAUCCUGUUACUGUGAUUACGACACCGGCAAUCUCUUCUUCCACAUCAUCAAUCAGCACAGUAGAUUCAGGUAGUGACCUCUCGUCUUCUAUAAAUAGCAACAACACGAUUUCCACGACCCCAACAAAUUCAGCAACGGCAAAGACAACUCUACUGCUGGAUGACUCAAAACCGUACACGAUACCACCAUCAAUAGCAGAGAACGUCAUGCGCGAGAUGCUAGCCAAUAAACCUGAUCCGGUUGUACUGGAGCAAUUGCGUCCGGUCGCGCAAAAAUCGUCGUCCUCCUCGUCGACGCUUAUGGAGAAAGGCAAUGGCGGAAGCAUCGAUUCUCUAUUGGGGAGCAAAAGCAAAUCCCAUUUUCCUUCUAAAUUCUCUUUUCCAAAUAUCGCCGACAAGAAUUUCUUUGUUCCGAAUUUUACUACCAAUGCUACAAAUUCGAAUUCUUCUUCUACUAUCAAUACUCCCAACAAUCUCAAUCCCAAUCCUUCCAUCAUCACAGUUAAAACUAAUUCUAUUGGUGCCUCGACUACUGGUACUACUUCUGCUA